CGGCAUUCAGGCCAGCUCCAUGAGGACCAAGCACGUGAACGUGCUGAUCGCCCUGGCCGCCGUCAUGCUCUUCGGCUUCUCCUGCUUUUGCAUCUCCAGGAUGACUCAAACCAGUAAUCAAUUAAUUAAUUGCAGAAACCAUAUUUUGGAGUUUAAGGAAAAAAUGCUACAUUUAAAAAACAAAACUGAAAGAAAUCGCCAAGAGCUGAUCAAAGCCUUGAGUAAAAUGAAGUAUGAAAUGACACAGAGAAAAAAUAUGUCCAUAAACUUAGCUGAGAAGAAAAUGAAUACAUUGGGUAAGAAUGAAACAGCAUCUAAUACAUUUGAAAUCCUAAAGUUCUUUUUUCCUCAUCUAAGGAAAGUAGACAGAAUUUAUCCUGAUGUAAUCAUUGGAAAAGAGAAAACAGGUGUCUCUUUUGCACUGGGCAUUUCCACUGUUAACAGAGGAAAUCAAAGUUACCUGAAGCAAACACUGAAUUCUCUUGUCUCCAGGAUGACACCUUCAGAAGAGAAGGACUCUGUGGUGAUUGUCUCUGUCGCAGAUACCAGCCUUGCAAACAUGGCCUUCAAGCUGAAUCUGGCCAAUAGACAGUUUGGCUUCGCCAGCAAAGUGUUUGGUUUUGUUUCCUUACCAAAUAGCUCAAGGGGGUGCAUCAAACAAGUACUGGAUUUUUGUUUUUUGAUGCUGUAUGCCCAACCCAAGGCCAUGUAUUAUUUACAGCUAGAAGAUGAUAUCAUAGCUAAAAAGACGUACUUUACAAAAAUCACAGAUUUUGUGCAUAAUAUCACUUCAAAAAAUUGGUUUUAUAUUGAGUUUUCAAUGCUUGGAUUCAUAGGAAAGCUGUUUAAAUCUGAGGACUUACUUGACUUUGUACAUUUUUUUUUAAUGUUCUACAAAGAUAAACCCAUAGACUUGCUCUUGAGGGACAUUUUUCAGGUAAAGAUGUGUAACCCAGGAGAAAAUCCUGAAAAAUGUGCAGAACGAAAUAAGCAAAUUCGUAUUCGAUAUAAACCUUCUCUUUUCCAGCAUGUGGGUAUACAGUCAUCAUUCCCUGGAAUAGAACAAUAUUCCAAAGAUAUUUAUUAUUAGGAGUUUCAUAUUCAAAUACCUUCUUUAAAAAUGAUCAGCAUCAUUCUUUGGAAAAAACGGCAUAAUAAGGAUUAAUCUUAGUUCUCAACUUUCUUCAUAGUGGAUAAAGGACUAUAUCAUAUAAAAAAAUUUAAGCCUUUGAUAAUAUAGUGAAAAUACGAAGAUAAUAAGCAUAACAAGAAAAAACUCUGUAAUACCUUGGAACCUCAGAUAACCUUGCUUUCUCAUGGCAUUUUUCAGAAAUGAUAAUGAAAAUUGUAUUGAAGAGGAGAAAACAGUAAACAAACUACUCGGCUUGAAAGUAUUAAUAACUACCUCUUAUGUCAAGAAAAAUUAGAAUGUUUGUUUAUGAUGUUUGUACCAUUACUAUUACAAUUUAGUUUAAAAGUAGUAAAGGCAGGUAAGUUUUUGAAAUUAAGAAAUAUAUUUUACUGACUUAGAUAGUGAUGCCAUCACAUAGUCUCAGUAAAUAGCUACAAGUUCAGAAACUUGCCAUUGUCACAGACAGGUUCUGUGUAAAUUGGCAAACGUUCUUACCCAUUUUGUAGGACAUCUAAAGUAGUAGAAAGCACAAUUACAAGCAAGCCUGUGUCUGGCAGUGCACAGUAUCUUCUUUUCUUUUAAAUAAAUUCAUUGAAAACCAUAAACUCACGCCUAAGUGCCAUUUGAGCUGAUUACCAACCUCUUGAUAUUUAUGUGUUCUGAUAGCCGUUCAGUUCUAAAGAUCUAUAAUUUCUCUUAUCACCUUUUUAGCUCAUGGGUUAUUUGGGAGUGUUUUCCUUUUUUUCAGAUAUAUUGGUUUUUGCCGCCUUUUGCUGUUGAUUUCUUAUUUAAGUACAUUGAUGUUAGUGAAUUUUAUCUGUGUGAUAAUAUUUGAGAAUUGUUACGAAUUCUCAUGUUUCAUGUGAAUUUGAAAAGGAUCUAUAGUCUCUGUACACUCCCUUUAAAAUACGUUGCAUUCAUUUGUUUUUUUAUAAAUGUUAGUUUUGUGCUUUAAAAAUGCCUUCUUAAAAUAAAUUCUAUUUAUUGGGUGCAGUAUUCUCUUACAUCAGG